CGCUCUUGGAAUCCAUUCGUCUAAAAGUAUCCUCUCCGAACCCAAAAUCUUCCUUCCCCUUAUGCCAAGAGACCAAGAAUCAAACGUGGGCUCAUCAGCUAUAGCACUCUUCCUAGUCCCUCAUGUGCCCUCGAUUGCUCGUCUGCUGUCGGCGGUCAGUUACUGUUCUGUAGCAGCGACGUCGUCUAUCAGGUACUGUUCUCGCCUCUGGAACUGAGUCGUUAAAUCUUUCGUUCCAGAUCGAUACCGUACCGCGAUUGGGUACGCUCAAUCCUGAUCGAAAUUCGUAGGGGAGUAAAAUGUGCAAACGAAUAGGAAGUUGAUGGCAGCAGCAGAAGCAAGGGCUGUGUGGCAGAGAACAGCUAAUCGUUGUUUUGUUCAAUAAGAUGCCAAAGGAGCUCCCAAAUUAGCUUGCUGCCAAUCCUCAUCUUCAACAACUAAGCGGGUUGAUGCAGGGCCUGCAACUGUAGCAAAAGGGCCAGAUCAUCCUGCUGCUGGCUUCAUGCCUCUUAAUAGGAAUCCUUCAUUGUUGCGCUUCAUCUCUUUGACGCUCAGAGAAUGCAGGCUUCUGGCGUAGUGCAAGAUCACAGAGUGACAGUGGUCAAUAUUGGAUCACCAUGAGUAUAAGAUGGCCGAGGCUUCUAACACCCACGCACCUCUCUCAGAUUAUACGAAAGCAGAAAAACCCAUUAACAGCUCUCCAAAUUUUCAGUGAAGCUAAAUGCAAAUACCCCAAUUACCGUCACAACGGUCCAGUUUAUGCCAACAUGAUCAGCAUACUCGGAAACUCAGGCCGAAUCAAUGAGAUGAAGGAAGUAAUUAAUGAGAUGAAAAACGACUCCUGUGAAUGCAAAGAUUCAGUUUUUGUUUCUGUAAUUAAGACCUAUGCAAGAGCUGGGUUGCUGGACGAGGCAGUGUCUCUUUUCAAGAACAUUUCACAGUUCAACUGUGUGAAUUGGACGCAGUCUUUCAAUACCCUUUUGGAGAUUAUGGUGAAAGAGUCCAAGCUUGAAGCAGCUCAUCGUAUUUUCAUGGAGCAUUGUUGUGGAUGGGAAGUGAGCUCUCGGGUUCGGUCCUUGAAUUUGCUUAUGCUUGCUUUGUGCCAAAAGGGUCGUUCGGAUAUUGCACUGCAAGUUUUCCAAGAGAUGGAUUAUCAAAGUUGCAAUCCGGAUAGGGAAAGUUACCGGAUACUAAUGAGAGGGUUGUGCAAAGAUAAGAGGCUGAACGAGGCAACCCAUUUGUUGUAUUCAAUGUUUUGGAGGAUUUCUCAGAAGGGUUGUGGUGAAGAUGUUGUGAUUUACAGAACCUUGUUAGAUGCCUUGUGUGAUAAUGGGCAGGUUGAAGGUGCUGUGGAGAUUCUUGGUAAGAUAUUAAGGAAGGGGCUCAAGGCCCCUAAGCGGUUUCGCCACAAUCUUGAUCUCAGCCAUUAUGGUAAUGGCGAAGACACGGAAGGCAUUAAGCGUUUGAUCAAUGAAGCUCUGGUCGGAGGUGGGAUACCCAGUUUGGCUAGUUACAGUGCUAUGGCAAUCGAUCUCUACAAUGAAAAUAAGAUUGGUGAGGCUGACAAAGUACUGAAAGAAAUGCAAGACAGAGGCUUUAGGCCAACAGCUUUGGUCUUUGAAGCAAAGGCAGCCGCAUUGUGUAGGGAAAGGAAAGUUGUUGAAGCAGUGGAGGUGAUUGAAAAGGAGAUGGUGGAGGCAAACUGUGUUCCAACUGUAAGAGUGUAUAGUGUUGUGGUAAGAGGCCUUUGUAGCGAAGGGCAGUCUGUUUUGGCCAUUUUGUAUCUGAAGAAGAUGGAAAAGCAGGUGGGUUGUGUUGCAGACAAGAAAACGUAUGGCAUUUUGGUCGAUGGGCUUUGUGGGGAGAGUAGAUUUCUUGAAGCAAGCAGAGUAUUGCAGGAGAUGUUGAUCAAGUCACAUUGGCCUUGUGCUGAGACUUACAAUAGAGUUAUUACUGGCCUUUGCUCAGUGGGCAAGCAAUAUGAAGCUGUUAUGUGGUUGGAGGAGAUGACAAGUCGGGCUAUGCUACCGGAAUAUUCUGUAUGGAGCUCAUUGGUGGCAUCUGUGUGUUGUAACAUGGCCAACAUUGAGGUUUGCUCCGACGCCUAUAAGAGGCUAAAGAGUUCUUGAUUUCUGUGUAGUUAGACCAGUUGAAAAUGGUUAACAUGCUUUGUACACUUUUUUGCCCCCUCUUAUUUAUGCAUUUUUCAUCA